CAGCCAGACAUUUUUACAUUCUGGAACCACCGGACAAGACAGCUUUCCUUCAGAAUGGAGUCUUCUGGACUUUUGAGCAUCCUGGUGCUAUCCAUCCUUCUAGUGAAUGUCCGGGGACAUGGUCUGACUGACUGGUUCUUUCACAUCCUUUCCCUAGAGAGAUGCCCCAGAAUCCAAGAUAACUGUGAAUUCAAAGAAAGGGAUGAAUGUUCGAAGGACAAAAAAUGUCCAAGACAUGAGAAGUGUUGCUUCUUCAGCUGCGGAAGAAAAUGCUUAAACCUCCAACAAGACAUAUGCAGUAUGCCCAAAGAACCUGGCCCCUGCUUGGCUUUUUUCCGUCGUUGGUGGUAUGAUAAGACAAAUAAUACCUGCUCCAGCUUCAUCUAUGGCGGCUGCAAAGGAAACAAUAACAACUUCCAAUCCCAAGCUAUAUGCCAGAGCACCUGCCCCCCAAAAAGACUGUUCUGCACUCAAGCUGAGCAAGCUUCCCAGGGAGCCAGAGAAAACUCAGAGCAGAGAAGUAGAGACUCCGACACUUGAAGUGGGAAGCUAUCAGUGUACACUGGAUAUUAUUCAGCCAUAAAAAGGAAUGAAGCACUAAUACAUGUUACACUGUGGAUGAACCUAAAAAACAUUCCGCUAAGUGAAAGAAGCCACAUACGAAAGGUCGUAUACUAUAAGAUUCCAUUUACAUGAAAUAUCCAGAACAGGUAAAUCCAUAAAGACAAAAAGUAGAAUAGUGGUUGCCAGGGGCUGGAAUAGGCUAGGGGGGUGUGUAG